ACGUAGCCCAGCCCCCUCCGUGCGCCUGACCGGCCAGGCAGAGGCUCAACAGAAGCGGGGAAGAACCUCUGGGCGCCCGUGUUCGGAGAAAAGCUUUUACAAUCACUGCGGGGCAUCUCCCCCCCCCCUUCCCCCCACACCUAAAAGAAAAAUUCGACACGUUGACUUUUUAUUUUUUACACGGAAGUAAGCAGCGGCUUCUUUUUUUUUUCAUCACAUCUCCUGCGGUACUUGUGGAAGCUAACGGCGGCUAUUGGCAAGGCACAAUAGACGCUAGCUACGGAUGCUAACCGUAACUAGCUCGCUAUCAAUACAACCCGGCGAGGGGGACACUCGGUACCCCGAUGGACGCCGUGUUGAAGCGCCCUUGACUUGUUCGGCUCCACCUCGACCUUCCGGCGGCGGUGGCUCUCUCGACACCGCCUGACAAGUGUUUUUUUUUUUUUUUUUUUCCGGGGGGCUGAGACACCAGGAUGGUGGCGGUGGUAGCUAACUUCGAGGCAAACAGUCCGACCCGAGUGAGACCAUAACUGUCUUUUUUAUGUCUUUUUCAUGUCAACAACAGAAGGAAGGCGCUAAUAUUCCUCCUGACAUUGGCCGGGGGAUUAUUUUUUAAUUGGAUUCCGGCCUGCUGGUUGCGAGAGCGAAGCAACCCCCCGCCCCCCCCCUCCUCUAAACAUCCAGCCGCACUUAACCACGCUUCGUCCUCCGAUGCGGAGCCUCCAGUGACACCCGCCCGGGGGACCCUCUCCCUCCCUCCCCGACAUGCUCAAGUGUAUCCCGCUGUGGCGAUGCAACCGCCACGUCGAGUCGGUGGACAAGCGGCACUGCAAUCUGCAGGCGGUCCCGGACGAGGUCUUCCGUUACAGCCGCAGCCUGGAGGAGCUCCUGCUGGACGCCAACCAACUCAAAGAGCUGCCCAAGCCUUUCUUCAGACUAUUGAACCUCCGGAAACUGGGCCUGAGCGACAACGAGAUCCAGAGACUGCCCCCUGAGGUUGCCAACUUCAUGCAGCUGGUGGAGCUGGACAUAUCCAGAAAUGACAUUCCCGAGAUCCCCGAGAGCAUUAAGUUCUGCCGGUCUUUGGAGAUCGCCGACUUCAGCGGAAACCCCCUCUCCAGAUUGCCGGAUGGUUUCACUCAGCUGCGAGCGCUGGCUCACUUGGCGCUGAACGAGGUGUCGUUGCAGACUCUGCCCAGUGACAUCGGAAAUCUGGCCAACCUGGUGACGCUGGAGCUGAGGGAGAACCUGCUCAAGUGUCUGCCCACGUCGCUUUCCUUCCUGGUGAAACUUGAACAGCUGGACCUGGGCAGCAACGAACUGGAAGAGUUGCCGGACACACUUGGCGCACUACCCAAUCUGAGGGAGCUCUGGCUGGACCGGAACCAGUUAUCCUCGUUACCAUCGGAGCUUGGGAACCUCCGGAGACUGGUGUGCCUGGACGUGUCGGAGAAUCGCCUGGAGGAGCUGCCCUCCGAGCUGGACGGCCUCUCGGCCCUCACCGACCUGCUGCUCACGCAGAACCUGCUGGAGGUGGUUCCGGACAGCAUAGGUUGUCUGAAGCAGCUGUCGAUCCUCAAGGUGGACCAAAACAGACUUACUCACAUGACAGACUCCAUCGGGGAGUGCGAAAACCUGACGGAGCUCGUCCUGACAGAGAACCUCCUCCAGACGCUUCCUCGCUCGCUGGGCAAGCUGAAGAAACUGACCAACUUGAAUGUGGACCGCAACCGCCUGGGCGCCGUGCCCAAGGAGCUGGGCGGCUGCGCCAGCCUCAACGUGCUCUCGCUGCGCGACAACCGGGUGGCCAGGCUGCCCGGUGAGCUCGCCGACGCCACAGAGCUGCACGUGCUGGAUGUGGCCGGGAACAGAUUACAAAACCUGCCUUUUGCCUUGACGAACCUCAAUCUGAAGGCCAUGUGGCUGGCGGAAAACCAGUCGCAGCCCAUGCUCAAGUUCCAAACCGAGGAUGACGAGCGCACGGGGGAGAAAGUGUUGACCUGCUACCUGCUGCCUCAGCAGCCUUCCCCCAGCCUAGAGAACCUGUUGCAAAACAGCGUCGACGAUAGCUGGACGGACAGCAACCUGAACCGAGUGUCGGUCAUUCAGUUCCAGGAAGAGACCAAGACCGAGGACGAGGACGACGAGGCUGCGGCCGAGCGCAGGGGCCUUCAGCGUCGAGCCACACCUCAUCCCAGCGAGCUGAAGGUGAUGAAAAAGGGGAUCGAGGACAGGCGGAAUGAAGCGUUCGUGCCCAGGCCCGAAAGAGAAGACCAAUCCUCCGAUGUGCAGGAGAAACGGCUCAGCGACCUUUCCAACCAGAGCCACGACUCGCAGGUGUCCGACAGCACGCUGUCGGCCGUCUCCCACGAGGAGCGGCGAGAGCUCGCCUUGCCCACCCAGAGGGAGGACCUCGUGGACGGGCACGAGGAGGAGGACCUGGAUGAGAUGGAGGUGGAGUACAUUGAGCCCACCGUGCACUUUGCCGAGGAGCCCAUCAUCCGCGGCGCGGACGACGACGUCGAGGAAGACGGCGAGCGGAGCGACGAGGACGACGAUGACAACGACAGGGCCCCCUUCCCCGCCGAGAAGCAGCGCCUCAUCCGCAAGGACACGCCGCACUUCAAGAAGCACUUCAAGAUCACCAAGUUGCCCCAACCCGAGACGGUGGCAGCCCUGCUCCAGGGCUUCAACCCCGACGGCCUGGGCUCGCCCACGCGGGCCACCGAGGACGGGCACGAGGAGGACGAGGAAGACGAGGGCGUCGGCACGCCUCGGCUACGCCGCAGGGUGGAGGCGUCGGAGCUGGAAGACAGCCGUUACCACGUCAACUCCAGUCAAGUCAAGGGGGUGUCAUUUGAUCAAGUCAAUAAUCUGCUGAUUGAACCUGCUCGAAUUGAGGAGGAAGAGCACACCUUAACCAUCCUGCGGCAGACGGGCGGCCUCGGCAUCAGCAUCGCCGGCGGGAAAGGCUCCACGCCGUACAAGGGGGACGACGAGGGUAUCUUCAUAUCCAGAGUUUCUGAGGAGGGGCCUGCCGCCAGAGCGGGAGUUAAAGUAGGAGACAAACUGCUGGAGGUGAACGGCGUGGAGCUCCACGCGGCCGAGCACCACGCGGCCGUGGAGGCCCUGCGCAGCUCGGGGGCCGCCGUCUCCAUGACGGUGCUGCGCGAGCGCAUGGUGGAGCCGGAGAACGCCAUCACCACAACGCCGCUCAGGCCCGAGGACGACUACUUCCCGCGGGAGAGGCGCAGCAGCAGCGGGCUGGCCUUCAGCUUGGAGGGCGGCCACGCCCAGGGGGCCGGGUUGGGACCCCUGCAGCGCCUCUCCACCUGCCUGGUGCGCAACGACAGGGGGCUGGGCUUCAGCAUCGCCGGGGGAAAGGGAUCCACGCCGUACCGGACCGGGGACACGGGGAUCUACAUCUCUCGCAUUGCAGAGGGGGGAGCAGCCCACCGAGACAGCACGCUACGCGUAGGCGACCGGGUCAUCUCUAUCAAUGGUGUAGACAUGACAGAGGCCAGACAUGACCAGGCAGUAGCGCUCCUUACCGGCACCUCGCCCACUAUCGCCCUACUGGUCGAACGAGACCCCAACGCCCCCCGCUCCCCGGGCCUCUCCCGGCAGCGGGCCCACUCCCCGCCGCCGCCGGAGCCCUCGGACUCCCCGGACCAGGACGAAGAGGGCUCGCAGGGCAACCACUUGGGCCGGAUGGAGGAUGAAUACCCCAUUGAGGAAGUGACGCUGGUCAAGUCGGGCGGGCCCCUCGGUCUGAGCAUCGUGGGGGGCAGCGAUCACGCCAGCCACCCCUUCGGCAUCAAUGAACCCGGGGUCUUCAUCUCGAAGGUGAUCCCUCACGGUUUGGCGUGCGAAAGCGGAUUGCGCGUGGGCGACCGGAUCCUGGAGGUGAACGCCAUCGACCUGCGCCACGCCACGCACCAGGAGGCCGUGCGGGCGCUGCUGGCCAACAAGCAGGAAAUCCGGAUGCUGGUGCGCAGGGAUCCGUCCCCGCCCGGGAUGCAGGAAGUUAUGAUCCACAAGCAGCCGGGGGAGAAAUUGGGAAUCAGUAUACGAGGAGGUGCGAAAGGCCACGCGGGAAAUCCUUUUGACUCCACUGAUGAGGGCAUCUUCAUAUCCAAGGUGAGCUCAAGCGGCGCGGCCGCCCGGGACAGCCGGCUGCAGGUGGGCAUGCGCAUCCUGGAGGUGAACAACCACAGCCUGCUGGGCAUGACCCACACGGAGGCCGUGCGGGUGCUGCGGGCCGUGGGCGACUCCCUGGUCAUGCUGGUGUGCGACGGCUUCGACCCGCGCAAAGUGCCCGCCGCGGAGGCGUCUCCCGGCAUCAUCGCCAACCCUUUUGCGUCAGGCAUCGUCCGUAAGAACAGUAUGGAGAGUAUCUCUUCUAUAGACCGAGACCUGAGCCCCGAGGAGAUGGACAUCAUGCAAAAGGAGUCUGAGAUGGUGAGGGAGACGUCCCAGUGGGAGAAGGAAGAGAUGGAGAAAGUGGAGCGUAUGCGCUUGGAGCGAGAGGAGGCAACUCGCCUGCUUGAAGAGGAGACCGAGAACAUCGGCACCGGACCUUUAAAGUUGGACUACAAAACCUUGGCGGCGUUGCCCACCACCAGUCUGCAGAAGAUCAACCGGUUCUCUCCUCCUCUAAGUCCGACCGCCCCCAUGGAGGCCCCCCUGCCGCCCCAGAACAGCGCCCCUUUAGAGCCUCUGGGCUUCAUCUUAAGCCACCCCUCGGACCCCCACGUGGACCCGCCGUCCUCCCCCAGUCCGCUGUCCUCCAAAGAAGACAGCGUCUGCUCGACGACGACUCUGAAUUCUGCAGAGCCAGACGAGGAGUCUCUGGUGGAUUCGCAGCCCAUUUGCUUCAAGGAGAACCCCUUUUUAGUAGCCAACCGCAAAGGCAAGGGUCUUCCGCCCGGCCAGCAGAUCCUGUCGGGACCACCGGUGGGCUACGGCAAACGGGGCCAACUUCAGCCUUGGUUGUUCAGCAAGACCCCUUCGUCUGAUUACGCCAGGACCGAGAGUCCAAUCAGAGAGGCGCCCUACUCCCCGACCAUCCAGCCGGCAAGCAUUCAUUUCACUUCCACCCCCAACACCAGGGACCACACAUCAUCCUCCACCCGACCGGGCGCCAUCCUCCCCGUCGGACGCGUGCGGCCGAGCGGCUCCCCGGCCACCCCGGACGGCCUCAGCCCCAGCCCCUUCCAGCAUGGCCCCUCUCCCUUCAACUCUCAGACCUCUCCUCGCGACUCCUCCCCCUCCUCGCCCUACGAGUUCCCCAUGAACGCCAAGCAGGCGUACAAGGCUUUUGCCGCCGUGCCCCGCUCGCUGGCGGCGCAGGAGCCGGAGCAGGACUCGUACGGUGUGAGGAACAAUUUCCACGCCAAGCAGCUUUCUCCAGAGCCCGAGUUGAACAACGAGGUGUUUGACGACGACGCGGACGGUCAGGGGGGGGCCGCGGGGGUGAAAGUCGCGUCCCGCUCCGCCCUCUCGCCCGACCGCUUGGAGUACAUGAAUAUGGCGGCCGUGCCUCGCCUCUCCAGGCCGUCCCUGGACACGCAGAGCCCGUCGCCCGGCACCAAGGAGAGCCCCGAGCAGCGCUCCUUCCGGGACCGGCAGAAAUACUUUGAGAUCGACGUCAAGCAGCAGACGCCCGACAAGCCAAAGCCUCGCGUCUCGCUGGUCGGCGAGGACGACCUCAAGAAGAUGAGGGAGGAGGAAGAGCGUAAAUUUGAGCAGAGAGCGCGGGAGUACCUGCUGGACGAAGAGGACGAGGAUGACGAGGAGGACCUGGCCAAGCACGUGGCGCAGAUGAAGGUGACCGGCAAGGUGCUGCUGGACGGAGUGGAGUACGACGUGGAGCCCGUGGCCGUGCCGUCGCGGCCCUGCGCCACGCCGCCCGGCUACUGCGGGAGUUCAGGACCCUCGUCGGUGGACGGGAAAGGAGACACACCAAGGAAUUCGUUGGAUGGCAGCUUCAGACUGGAGCAGCGGCCCAACUCCAUGACUGGUUUGAUCCCCGCGUACGCCGGCGACUCCGCGGCCCCCAUCCGCACGGCCAAAGCCGAGAGGCGGCACCAGGAGAGGCUCCGCAUGCAGAGCCCGGAGCUGGCCGUGGCCCCGGAGAAGGACCUCUCCCCCGCCGAGAAGCGAGCCCUGGAGGCCGAGAAGAGAGCCAUGUGGAGAGCGGCACGGAUGAAGUCUCUGGAACAGGAUGCGCUCAAAGCCCAGAUGGUCAUCGCCAAGUCCCGGGACGGGAAGAAGCGCGGGACGCUGGACCAGCUGGCGGAGUCGCCCUCGCCCGCGCCCACCCCCUCGCCCACCCCCAUGGAAGAGCUCAUCAGUCCUCGAGGACUAACUUCCCCCGGCAGACUGUCCCUGUCGUCAAAGAGGUUUGACUACCGCCAGUUUGCCGCCAUUCCCUCUUCCAAACCGGUAUACGACAUCCAGUCUCCUGACGCGGCAGACGACGUGCAGUUCAUCGACGACGGCCCGCAGCAUCCGGGUCCCGGCGCCGGCCCGGAGGCCGAGGUCCCCGUGCCCGCCACCUCGGCCCUCGAGGAGAUGGCGCUGUACAGCAACAAGCGCAAGCUGCGACAAGGGCGCCGCAGCCUGGAGGCGGCCGUGCCCACGUAACACCUCACAUAAACACUACACAAGAAGAAGAGUCCACUUUUAAAGAGACCGGGAAAGCGCUGCCUCAUAUCCAGCCUUGCCUUCAGUCGCCAUUGAGACCGCGCUCCACCCCCCACCCCGCCUGGCUAACGUUUUUACAUCAGUCUUUAUCUUUCUUGCUCGAUUUUAUUUUCUUAACCUCCCAAAGACAAAAAAAAAAAAAAAAGUCCUAGUUGUAACAUAUGGGGAAAAAAAUUAUUUGACUAGAUUGUAAAAUGUUGUUUUUGGAAUGUAAAUAAUAGUGAGACGACAUCCUGCUACCUUCACAAAUGCCGACGUAAUGCCGAGAGCAUCAUUGAAAAAACAAAAAAAAAACAUAACAUAUCAUCCGGCAUUGUUGCACUGCAACGCUGUUUUUAAUCAUUUUACACCCAGAUUUUAUUUUUGGCCAAUGAACGCGGGAAAUCGAUACGUGCAUAUUUACACUGCUCACUAAAAGUCAGGGAUAUUGGACUUUUGGGUGAAAUUAAUAGAUUUUUACAUUAAAUACUAUUUUUAAAAAUACUUUGCUCUCCACGUGGCACCAUGUUUUUUUUUUUUUUUAAUUUAAAAAAAUGGUAGGAGAAAACUGCAGGUGAUGAUGUGCAAAUAUGCGAUAUUCCAAUAGUCCACUGGAAUCUGUUGCAUAUAACUCAUAACUCAUAUAACCAAACCAUAAUUAUUCAGAAAAUAGAAAAAAAAAGUUUUUUUUUUUUUUACCAACAUUGAAGAUACAACACUUUUGAUUGGUUUAUAAUUUGUAAACAACCCCGCAUGAACAUUGACAGUCGAAUCAAUUUGUGAAAAAAAUAUGAAAUCGACCCAAUUUGGAGAGUGACUGUAUUUAAUAUUGUAAUCAAGUGUCACAGUAUGUGAGUUUUAAGAUGAACAUUGUGGUUAAAAAUACUUUAACAUACUGCUUAAAAUUGAAUGUAUUGCACAGAAAAUAUUAAAUACAAUUGUACCUAUAGAAAAUUAAUUGUUAAACUAGAUUUCUUCAAAGAUAAAUACCACUGAAUUGUACUUAGGCAGUGAUUCCUUUGCCUACCACUAGAGGGAACCAUACUUCUGAGAAUCACUGCACAGAAUCUUAAUUUGUUGUUUUUUUAAGCUUUUGAAUGUCCAACUGAGAGCCACAGAAAUGGACCACAUUGGGAACUUUAAUGGCUCAAACACCAGUUGGGAAUUUUGCCUUUUAAAGCCUAAUAUCCUGAACUUUACUAUGUAGUCGUAUGGGAGACACGAACGGUACUUGCCCUCCAUUGAGAGAAAUUCUUUUUAAUGUUCUGAUCAUCAUAACUUGUGUUCCGGCGUGACGUGAAGGUAGCGGAUGCUUUAUUUUUCUGCCCGACGGGGGCUAAUUUAAUCUGACGACACUGAGAGAUCAUUUUUCUUAUCAUGGUGUGUAUAAUGUACAAAUACGAACGCGAGGGAGCUAGUGAAAACUGAGCCAAUGUGUUGACCAAGUGAGCGUCUGGGUUUGGACAGCACGUGUCACCUUUUUUUGGUUUUUUUUUUCAUCAUUUUUAAUGGGAGCUUUUCGAUUAUCAAAACGAAUGAAAACCUCUCAGAAUAUAAUAUCAUUUUCUUUAUCGCAGACAUUUUUUUGGGGGGCUAAUCGCAGUAUAGUUUAAUUUAAAGUUUUAGGUGUUCUAAUUGUAGUGGUUCAAGUCACGUUCAAGUUUCCUCACAGCUCUUAUUACACUUCACCGAGUUUUUGCAUAUUUUCUAACAUAUUUCAUUUUUUCUGACUUAACAAACAUGUCAGUUCCAUUUGAGCUUCCAUAGUCUGAGCGAAACCACAAGAGAAACUUAAUUUAAUUCAAAUGUUGUAGACUUCAUAACAUUUAUGUUGUACUUCCAUUUAUUUCAUUUGUCGAACUGGGAGAACGAACGUGGGGGGGUCUCUCGUCUGUCCAGACCCAGCUGACAGGUUCCAUUGCACGGGGCUAAAAAAUGUUGACAAGAAUCCAAAGUGCUCUCUGCUAUUCCUCUCUGUAAAGACACACAAAUCAUUGGUUUAAUUUUUAUAAAUAAACGUUUGAAAGUCA